ACUGGUUCAUAAUCAAAGCUAAUCUGAAUGAAACACUUCAAGAGGCUCAUAUUCAUUAUAAUGAUGAAGCCAAUGCAAUUUUUUGGCAAAGUGAUGGGCAGAUAGACUUAAGAAAAACUGGAGGUUUAACAUGGGCCAAGCCAUAUGAAGGAAUUGCAACCGAGUUAGAUUUCAAUGAAUAUUACCCGCACAUCUUAGCUUAUGGGAGUACAUGCUGGCCAAUAGGUCCAGGAGAAUUUAAAACUUUUACACACAUUAGCAUUAAUCCUAUCAACUUUAAUCUAAAAUACGGAAUUUAUCAUGUUUUCAUAAGAGGUCAGCCAGCAGAUCUAGAUCUUCACAUAGAAUUAUCCUCUGAAAGUCCUAAUGCUUUAAUAUUUGGGCCAAAUCAGCUUAUACGCGGAGAUGAAAUUUUCUAUCAAUGGGCAAGUUAUCUUACAAAAAUCAAGCAUAAAGGCGGACAGGCAAGUAUAGUUGCCAAGCAUAUGCUAGUAUCACUCUGGGGGCGAUUAUAUUCAGAUAGACGAAGACCAGGUCCUCAUCGACGCAUAGCACCUUUUAUUUCAGCAAGGGAUGCAAAACAAUAUCAGAAAAAUCAGAUCACUAG